GUUCCCUCAAGACUGUCAUUUGCCAAGACGAGCACCGCGAUGGCGCCCCUCCGGCUCCGCUACGCCGCAACGCUGGCCGUCGUCUUGGCGGUGUCUGGGUUCGGUGGCCAGGUUGUGGGGACGAAACACGCCGACGAGGACGCCGACGUUGACGCUGACGCCGACGUUGACGCCGAGGACCAGGACCAGGCCGUCGACAUCGUGGCCCUGACGACGGACACGUUCCUCGAGCAGGCGGAAAGCGGCGUGCCGCUGUUGGUGUACUACUACGCGAAGUGGUGCAAGCACUGCGUGACCACCUGGCCGAUGUUCGAGGCCCUCGCCGUCGUCCUGCGGGACCGUGACGACCUGGCCCUCACGGUGGCCAAGGUGGACGUGGAGGCGGAGAUGCGCCUCGCCAAGGACCAGGGCGUCAGUGGGUUCCCCACCAUCCGCAUGUACCGGGACGGCCGCCACGACGACUUCUUCGGAGAGCGGUCGGUGCCCAACCUAGUGCGCUGGCUGGAGCGCAAGAUGGGCCUGGCCAUGCACAAGCCCAAGUCUGUGACGGAGGCUCGGCAGCUCAUCGACGCGCACCCCGUGGCCGUCGUUGGCUUCUUCGCGGACGUCGAUUCGGAGGAGGCCGCCGUGUUCAAGGCCACGUCGGCCGCCGUGGACAAGGCUGUGUUCGCCCUCAUAGACGACGAGGAGCUGUUCGCCGAGUUCAGCGCCGAGGACGGCGCCGUGGUGGUGUUCAAGAAGUUUGACGAGGGCCGCGUCGACUUGCGCCUGGAGCACUCCGUGGACACGCUGGCGAAGGCGCUGCAGCGCAUGAUGCGCCCGCUGGUGGCCGAAUACCGCAGUGAGGAGGCGCACGAGUACUUCGGGGCGAGGGCCAACGCCAACAGGGCCAUGUUCAUCGCCUUCCUGUCCAGGCGGGCCGGCCACUUCGAGCUGCUGCACGACACGCUGCAGGCGGUGGCUCUGGAGAGCGUCAGCAACGUGUCCUUCCUGGCGGUGAAUGUGGACAACGCCGACAACGCCGCGGUGCUGACCGCGUUCGGCAUGACCAACUCCACCGCGAUGCCCGCCAUGAGGAUGUACAGCUUCGCCUCGAUGAAGCGGUACCAGCCGCGCACGGACAGGGUGAGCGCGGACGCCGUGCGGGACUUCAUCGCCGGCGUGCAGAGCGGCGCCCUCCAGCCCAUCGAUGCAGUGCGGGAGGCGCCCGAACCCGAGGCCGUCGAGGCCGAGAACGGCGUCAGGGUGCUGACGAGCGCUACCUUCGACCAGGAGGUGUACGACGGCCGCCGCCACGCCCUGGUGAUGUUCUACGCCGACUCGUGCAAGCACUGCGGCACUUUCAAGCCCAUCUUCGAGGAGGUCGCCGCGCAAGUCUCGGGGAUGCCGUCGCUGCUGGUGGCCAAGAUCGACAUGGGCAAGUACAAGCCCAGGAGCGCUGGCGUCGACAUCGUCGGCGUCCCCUACGUGGUGCUGUACCCGCGGUGCGGCAAGGAGAAGCCUGCCGUUUACGACGGAACCAGGAACGCCAAGACACUAGUCAAGUUCGUCAAGAAGCACACCGGCCUGGAGGACCAGAAGCCCCGCAGAGCCAAGGGGAAGGCCGCGACAGAGGACCGCGAGGAGCUUUGACGCCGCACGACUUCUUUGCUUAGCACGCGGUGGUCUCCGUCAGCAACGUUGUACAUAGGAAAUAGAAAACCACUUUUUCACCGAAAUACACCGAAACCCUAACGAA